AUGGUCCUGGAGCAUCAGGGAAUGCUGCAGAAUCUGCAAACGCUUGGCUCGCAGCCAGCCCUGCAACUGUAUGCGGCGGCCGCUGCCGCCCAGCUCGCCCCCCGCAACCGCACCAACGUUCCCCCGCAAUGGGCCCCCUUCCUGCAGUUCGGUGUGCCGAAUGUGUUCGGUGGACACUUCCUGACGCGGCCCCGGUUCGGGCCACCGGGCGCACCACCCAACCUUACCGGGCUGGGCGGUGGCGGUACAGGGACGGGCGUGGGCGUCGGGGUGGGUGCGGGCGGUGGAGCAGGCUUACCCGGGGGGCUUCUGAAUGGGGCCUCGCAUCCCAACAUAUCACCUCACCGCGCCAUGCAGGGACCACCGAGCGAGGAUUCCAACGAUGAUCGAGGAUCCGCGGCCGAUGGGGACGACGAAAGCAGCGCAUCGAAACGAAGACGCUCGCGAACGAACUUCAACUCGUGGCAGCUCGAAGAGCUGGAACGAGCCUUCUCCGCCAGCCACUAUCCGGACGUGUUUAUGCGCGAGGCACUGGCAAUGCGGUUGGAUCUCAAGGAAAGCAGGGUAGCGGUGUGGUUUCAAAACCGAAGGGCCAAGUGGAGGAAAAAGGAACACACGAAAAAAGGCCCCGGCAGACCCGCGCACAACGCCCAUCCGCAGUCCUGUUCCGGUGAACCGAUCCCGCCAAGCGAACUACGAGCGCGAGAAAAAGCUCGUCGCCGGAAGAAGAUAGCAAAGGCACUCGAGCGACAGGCCCGAAAACUACGUGCCAAGGGCAUCACGGUCGAUCUGGAAGCGCUUAAGGCCGAGUAUCUGUCGCAGCACCGCAACAACUCCGGCAGUGACUCGGAGGAUGACGACGACAACGAUAACGACGACGAGGAUCCUAUCGAUGUGGUCGGUGGAGCGGAAUCGGGCGACGAACCGGAGGAUUGCUCGAUGCAGCGCCGGGAAAGUGUCGAUGGCGAUGCACUAGAUGAUACGGGCAGUGACACCCCGCGCAAUAGCAUAAGGCCCAACCCAUUUAGCAUAGAAUCGCUUCUGUACAACAACACGUGA